GCGUUGCUAUUUGUUAAUUGUAUAUUUUUCAUUCUAUUUCCUGGCAUAUGAUAUAAAUAUAUAUGUUGUUAUGAUAAUGUUGCAAUGGAUUAAUUGUAUACAGUUGCAAGUUUAGAAAACCAAAAAAUGAACGUCAUACAAAACGCACCAUCUAGUGUCGGGGACAGUAACUACUACAGCAACCCUCACGUUUCCAACUCCUAAGAGAAAAAGUGUUCCUAUGUUUUUCCACCGGUAACACAAUGGAUGGAGGUACUGAUUUAGGACGCAAUUUACACAGUGCUCUAAGGGCUGUGGCAAAUGCCGUCAAACUGGACCAAGAUCACCACAAUCAGGAUGCAUAUGUGUAUUAUGUACAGUGUAUCAUGUAUAUAGCACAGAACUUACUAGACGAAAUCAAAGCACCAUCGCAGGAGAUGACACAUGUGAGGAAGAAGUUUGUGCAGCUGGGACAGAAAUGUAUGGAACGUCUGGGAGCACUAGCAGAUGAUGUUGGAAAACCUUUUGCAACACAAGGAAGCCAUUCGACAGUCCAGUCACCCCAGCCACCCCCAGGGGUUUACCCCCAGCCACCCCCAGGUGUUUACCCCCAGCCACCCCCAGAGGUGUCCUCCCAGAGUGGAGUGGGUCUUGUAGCCCGCAGUGUCAUCAACCCUCCACCAUCAUCCGCUGCAGUCUCUCAGCCCUCAGCUGGACAACAACCAGGGAUAGCUAGCAAAGAGAAAGUGCUAACACCCCUUGAGCAGGCCUACCUGGAGAACCAACAGCUCAUGGCGGCCUACAAGGCGAGGAUGGCCAAGAUGAAAGUCGAUAACAAGAGAGCUGCUCUGAUGAGCAUGAACCUUCAAAGAAGACUUGCAGAAAACUUGGCCCUGGCAAAGGCGAGGGAGGCAGCUCUUGAGAGGAAGAUUAGGGAGAGGCAGCAGAGACAUCAAGACAUUGCUGCAAGGCGCUUUGCUGGAGAAGAAGAAAAACAAGCAUUCUUCACUCAAGUGUUGAAUUAUGAAGAACAAAAUAAGUGGACUUUGCCAUGGAGAGAGAAGCUGAAAGAAUCUCCUCAAGAUGCCUCACUAAUUCACAGUCUAGUGAGACAAAUUCUCAGUUCCACAGAUCAUCCAAUCACAGUAUUGCUUAUAAAAUACCAAGGGCAAAUAAAACUCAAGAUCGAGCCACUGGUUCUAAGACAUGGCCAAAGUAUGGUGCCUGUUACUGUUCCUUGGCCCCUAGAUGAUGAUGAUGAGGAGGAGGAGGAGGAAGAAGCCCAAACCAGUGACUACGACAGUCUUGCAACCAAUGCUUCUGACACUAAUACUGAACUGGAGAAAUCUGGUGCCUCAGAGAGCACAUCUGCUAACCAAUCAGAAAACAGCUGUGAUAAGGACUUGGGAGAUAUUUCCGGUGAUGUGAAAGGGAAUUUAGAAAGUGCAAUAAGGAAAGGUGAAAGGCUUUCCUCAAAGCUCAAAAGCCAAUCACUUGAGAACACAAACGUUCCAAAAGUGGUUAAAAAGUGUGAAGACGCUGCGAAGGACAACUUAGAUCCUAGUCGAGAAAAAUAUGAUGUGAACGACAUGGACGAUCUUUUUGAAGAUUCAGAUGAUGGUGAUGAUGAGAUGCCCCCUGGCACAGACAGCACAGCAAGCCAAGACCAGGCCACUCCAGUGAUGGACAGUCCAGAGCAACUGACCGCUGCACUAGAGAGGCACCUGCAUAACAUCACCAAGGAUGUCCAUGUGUGUCUGGACCAGUUGAUGUCUCUGUUCAUUGUAGCCUACGAGGAGUUGGACUCUCCUGCUGGAAGAGAUCAGUGCAGGGCCUCCAUGGAGGAGCCCUUCUUCCAGCCUCUCUGGCCACUCUUGCUCUCUUUGUUCAGGAUUGUGCACAGGAAGAAAGAGGUGAAGGUUGCCAAGGCAAUGACCCAGUACAUCAAUGUCAGCCCAGGUCAAUUGGGUGUGGCCUCUAGGCUCCAGCUCCCAGAGGAGGAUGUGCCAUAUGAGGCUGCUAUACUGGAACUGAGGGCUUUAUUCCAACAUGUCUGCCCUCUUAAUAAGUUAGAAAGUCUGGUGAAAGUGUCAAAAUUGAUCUGUCAGUGUGUUGAGGAGUCGUAUGCCAAAAAGAAUGACCAGGCUUCUCCAGUGCCAAACCUAGGAGCAGACGAUCUGCUGCCAAUCUUGAGCUAUGUAGUAUUGCAUGCUGGGAUACCCCAGAUAGUGUCAGAGGGGUACGCUAUGGAGGAAUUUAUCCAUGAAAGCUAUUUAAUGGGUGAGGAAGGGUACUGUCUGACAUCACUUCAGACAGCUCUGGGCUAUGUGGCCUCUCUGUCCAUGACACCACUGGAAUAGACUGUGACCUUCAAGGUCACUUCUGCUCUCUGUCUUGGUACAUGUAUUGUAUCAGAACUGUGCCAGUUUAACAAUUACAAAUGAUGUAAUUAAUGAACAAUGGGAUGGAUUUUUACCGAAACGUGUACCAGAAGAAUCAGUCUUCAUGUUUGGUUUCAAGUAGAGUGCAAUAAAAAAGUCUACUUAAUGGUAUGUACUUUUACAGCUGACAUUUAGAUUGGUUUCUUUGUUGUUGUGGCAUCUCAUACUGAUAAAUGUACAGUAGUCCAGGAUGUUCUUGAGUUGGUCAGCAUCUCAUUUUCGUUUUGUAUACAUAUGUUACUUCACACUCAAGAGAUGUUGCACAUAGCAUAAUGGGAGGAAUGUGCAGUAUUUUUAUUUAACUUAAUUUAUUGAUUAGAUAGAUUGUACACCUUCUUUCAUUUUACUUAAUUACUUUUGUAGAUAGAUAAUAUAUGUGUUAGUUUUACAUUUUACAAAGUAAAAAAUUUGCCAAAUGGAAUCGAACUUUCAUAUAUAU